ACAAGAACAACAAGCAGAAAGAAAAGACGUCUGUAGCUUAUUUCGUCUGCUAGAUGUUCAGUGAUAUAUAUUUUAGAAUGUUUUCACCGUAACCCUUUCACAUCAAGACAGAAGGUGCUCAAGCUUUCCUAGAGCCCAUGCAUUGGGCUCAGAAUGGUGGUGCAGUCACCGGGGCGGGGGUGGAUCGACCAGCAGCAGCCAGGGCGACAUCCACCAGGUGACCACGGCGGCCCCUGCCCCACGUCUGCUGAAAAACACCAGCCCAGCAAGGAAAAGCGUUUCACGUUUGCAGUGCCUCAGCGAAGGCCUCCGACUCCUGCUGCCAUGGUGGAAUGGAAAAACACAUUCAACGUCCGGCCCGCUCUGCUGAACACACUCAGAGCACGGCGCCAUGGGCAUCGGCAAGGCGCGGCCGGCGGGGCCAAUGGGCCUGCGGGUCGGGGUGUCGCUGGAGUGCCAGGGCCAGGAACCCCCGGGGCACCCCAGGCACCAAGCUUCGGGGCGGCCAGGUCUCUGGACUUGUUGAGAGUGAAUCUUCAGUCCGCAAUCAACAAGGACAUAAAGGUGGUGCUCAACAAAUACAUGGAGCGGUUCUUCCAGCCCGCCGUGGACAACAUUCGCGUCAACCUCGGCCUCGGUUGCGAGGUGCUUCUACUCGAAGAACAGGUUCGCGUCGUGCUGCAACGGGUGCUCGAGGAGGCCAAGCUGAUGUACACGCUGAGGCCCGCUCCUCCGCGGCGCCACCGCAAGCGCAGCCGCAGCAGGCCCGCCGCCCCGGUGCAGGAUCAAGCGAAGCAGGCCGUUUCCAAGGUCGCCAACGGGGCGCACUCGGAGCGGGCCGUGUCCGUGCACCCGCUCAACGCCAGCCCGCCGCCCGCCACCCUGCAGCAGAUGUUCAAGAAGCGCAAGGAGAUGGACGCCGAGGCGGAGGCGAAGCGGAAGAGGGCGCGACUCGCCGGCCCAGUGUUCGCGGCCGGGCCGUCGGGUGCGGCCGUCUCGCCCGUCAACGCCAACCCGGUCGCGCCGAUGGUGCCGGCCACCGCGUCCACCCCCGCCACGCCCCAGAGCAGGCUGAGCCCCGGCGCCGCAGCCCUGGCCCGACCCAGCAUGGGGGCGCCCCCCACCCCUUCCAACCCGCUGCUGGUCAACUACCUCUCGCCCAAGUGGGACCCGGCCAGGAUAACGCCCGACACCAUGUUCGUCAUGGGCGCCAGGGCCAACAAGGUUCUGGGAUACGAGACCUCUCGAGGGCGGCUGUACACCAAACACCAGGACCUGUUCAAGUACGCCAGCGAUCAGGAGGAUAAGGAGUGGCUCGCGAGGAAUCAGCUCAUCCAGCCGACUGGAGGCAAGGCCUUUCUGUGCAUCAUGCAGGACAUCCACGAGCUGGCCGUCAGCCAGGAGUACAAGGACAAUCCUCUGGUGAACCUGCUCGAGCUGAAAGGAUUCCGCGCUCCGGAGUUUUUGCUGAAGAAAAUUCGCGCGUACAUGCGCAACUUGCGGACUGAACCUCUGGACGACCUCUCCGGCCUACUCGAGAUGGAUCUGCUUCAGGAGGACGGGGUGGCCACCAUGGACGACUCCUCCCUUAUGGAGCUGGCUCUGGAGUACGGCGUGACCCUUAUGAGUGAUGACACCUCUCCGUCGCCGUCCCCUGCCUCGGCGCCGCCCGCUGGGCCCCCCGCGAGCCCGGAGGCCGCGGCCGCGGGCUCAACGACCUCCCCAGUCGAGAUCUCGUCUGUGCCCUCGGCCAGGGUGAACGCCACGCCACUCACCACACCCACCCCGUCGACGACGGCGUCCCCGACUGCGACGCCCGCCACGGCAAGCGGUGGCGCCGUCCCUCUUACGAGCUCCAGCCCUGCAUCCCCGCAGCACCAUGCCCCGCUCGCAGCGGAACGGGGCGCGGAGCGGGGCGUCCCGGAGCGUGCCAAGGGGCUGAUUCGCAGCCAGUCGCUGCCCGCGCCCGCACCCUUCAUGAUGGAGUCGUUGGCUCUGGAGGAGCUCGAGCUAUACAUCAAGAGCCACUCCGUGGAGGACGGCCACUUCGAGCACAUCAUGACAACGUCAGGCGCUGAGGCCGAGGCCGCAGAGGCAGACACUGAAGGUGACGGUGCUUUAGACGCCAGUCUGGAUGCCAGCCUGGAGGCCAAUCUCGAUGCGAACCUCGACUUGAACCUUGAUGUGAACUUGGACGUGAGUGGCACGGAGCACAGUCAGCUGGAGCUGGCGUGGGACUUCAUCGGGGAACUCAACACCCCGACACACAGUCCUUCUCCCUCUGCCCACGCGCCAGAGGAAGGCGAUCGCGCCCACGACUUCCAAGCCGAGGGGCCAGUCGCCGAGGAAGCCGAACCUGGUCCUGUGGUGACCGCCCCCUCAGGGUCGGAGGGCCUCGACUCCGCGGCCGGUGGGCAGGGCAGCACUGAGACCUCACUCGCCAUGAGCCACGCCACUCUGACUGCCCUUUUGUCCGGGAACACGUUAGAGGGCUUGGACAUCCCAGACGGACUAUUGUAGCACAACGCCACCAGCCGAAUAGAGCCUGCCCAUGGACAGGGGUCAACGGUUUCGGCUGUCGCGUGCCACAAAGACCUCCCCUAAUUAUCUCAACGCCUUCCCUAUUAUAAACUCGAUAAAAACAACAAACUACAUUAAAAAUAGAAAGAUGAGUGUGAGAGUUUAUCAAGUUCUAAUCAUGUUUCCUGCCAAACGACUUGCAUAUGGUUGUGUUGGUGAGGGGAAUUCCCACUUGUACUCAAAGAUACCCUUGACAAGGAAUGUGAUUUCUGUUUGUUUUGUUUCUAAAGGGUCUUUGAUAGUUCAAUUUUUUUAUUCAUUUUUAUUCAAUUUACUUGUGAUUGUGUAUCUCUUCUAGUCUUCUAAUAUUAUCUAUUACCUACUUUUUGACCUACUUUACCUUUAGACUUUUACACACACACAUUAACCUUAGGAGGUUAGUUUUUGCCAGCAAAUUCACUGUGUAGGUUACUCUUAAGACUGAUAGAAACAUAGUACAGGAAGUGUGUUAAGUGUGUUCAAAUGAACUUUCCAAUUUAACAGAAUUUACCAUGCGUUUCAGCCUUAGGUAGUAACAAAAUUGUAUGAUUAUAAUUAUGCAGAAUGGACACUUAAACACAAUAUUCCACUCAGGUUUUAGCAUAUGUGAACUAUUUAUCGCAUUGUUACUUAAAUAACAUAGUUUCCAGUACUUGUCUAAUUAGACUUAUAAAUGAUUAAGGUUCCAUGACAUUAACUCACACAAGGUUUCAUAACGGUUGUGAUUAAAAAUUCCUUAUGUUCUGUGAGUGACUUUUGGCAUUUAUUUCUAGUCAUAAAUCAAUAGAAAGUCAAUAUGGUUCACUUGAUGUUUCAAAUAGAUUAAAGGAAGAUCUUAAAGAUGAUAGACAAUGCAAAAUACCCAAAUAUAUGGCAAAAUAAAGAAAGUACAUGAAAGAAAUUCAAGCAAGCAAAAUAUUACUACACAGGCUAUUAUGAACU